AUGGUAUACCGGGUACUAUGCCUAUUCCACACCGCCAACAAGCAGGUGGAGAAGGAUGAGAAAAAGGGCAAAAAGCAGAACCCCUCGCGCCCCGUCGACAGUUUCCUCGUGCGCAAUCGAAACGAGGAUAAAGUGGUUGAGAUCGAGGGCGAGGGGCUGCUGACCAGCUCGCUGUACGCGUUCGGCGUCGAGCACCUCAACAACGAGUGCAUCGAGCAGGCGCUGUCCGGCCAAUUCCCGAAGGGACGUUGCGAAAUCAUCGGGAUCACCAACAUCCACUCGACGAUCGUCAGCGAGCGCACGACGACCCGUAUCGCCAUUGCCGCCGUUCAGGUAGCCGACCAGGUCUUCCGGCUGAGCCUGCCCAACAGCUCGCGCUACAUCUGGCUGACCUUUGACGAGGCAACCAAGGAGUUUUUCGACAAAAAAUUGCACGAUCUCGUCUACCAGGCGAUGAAGAACUUGGUGGAUUUCAAGGCUCAAAUCAUGCGCCUCAACGAGAUCUUUGUCGAUGCGGUCUUCCCGAAUAACGUCAUGUGCUAUCCCCAGUUUUGCGCAUUUUUUCAAAAGUACAAAAUGCGCUCGGGAAACGAUAUGCGCGCCCUGUUCCGCGCGAUGAACAUCUACAACGACCGCGGGGUGUCGUUUCAUGAAUUUGUGCUGGGCCUUGCCGCCUUUCAACCAACAUCCCGGCACGGCGGCACGAUUGGCGAAUUUCGGUGCCGCCUGAUUUUUCGAUAUUUUGCGGCUGGGUGUGACGAGGAGGGCGGCGCGAUGAAGCGCGAGGAGAUGCAGAACCUCUUCAACGAGAUUGAGAACCGGCUGCACACACAACCGAACACGCCUGCCGAAGUCUCGGCACUGCUCGACGCUUGCCCCCUCACGCUGCACACAUUUUUGCAGCAUCUUGGCCAGUUGAAGAUCCAUGGCACAUCAAAUGUGUUGCGGAUGCACCUCCCGCUCGCCCCCGACUUGGAGCGGGACACUCGCCCUCGCCUACUGCUCGAGCCGAUCGACGUGGGCACAUUGGUGCGGGAACAGGUGCGAACGCUGGUCAGCGAGCAGGCCCUGACAUCCCCGCCAAAACCACCACUGACCGACCCCGUGGAGCUGGGCUUCGUCAGGACGUCGACGUUGCCGCGCGCCAAAAGCGCACGAAAAGUAUCUGGGCGCAAACCCCUGCCGCCGGCCACUACUCCUCCAACACAACCGCCGGCCAACAUCCCGCCCCGCAUCAUCGAGCCCGAGCUGUCCAUCAACCCCUACCUGCUGCGCGCCACCCCAUCGCUCACCUGCGUCAACGAGCUGAUCACCAAGGAGAAUGCUAAAUUCAUGAGCGAGGACUCGCAGCUGGAGAUGUCGCAAAACGCCAUCGGUCAACGCAAAAACCACCUCAUCUACCACCACGCCGACCCGCGCAUGAUUGACGACGCGUUCGGCCUGAUGCAGAGCAUCACGUACUUUUGCCGCAGCGCCCCCAACAAGAAGCCGUUCAGCUGGGGCCCGAACCCGACCCGUAUGAAUGCCGUCUGGCAACAGUUCUCGCAAACGGCCAAGAAUGCCGCGGCCGUCGUGUACAACGACCCGCGCUGUUUGAUGCUCGACGGCCGUGUGCGCAUCUUCUCGGAUCUGCGCGGCAAAGUUGACGACCUAAAAGUAUUCGAGCGCGUGUUCUUCCCGAUCGGCUGUGACGCGAUCAACUCGACGUUUCUCUUCAUGGGCAACAAUUUGCGGGGACCGGCCUCCUUCGAGCUGUACUCGUACCUGUUGGCGCUGAAGGUGCUCUUCCCCCACAAGGUCUUCCUCGUCCGCGGCGGCGAUGAGGUGCGCGUCAAGCUGAUGGACGAGCCAUUUUCGAGCGAAAUCAACCAAAAAUUCUCGGAGGCCCACAUGCCGGAGGCGGUGUCGGUGCUGACCCGUGUCUUCGACAACAUGCCCCUGUGCGCGGUGGUGAACAAGAAGAUGUUCUGCUCCAACUCCGGCAUACCACAUCCGCAUGCGCUCAAGGACGGGAAUUUCUUCGAAAAGAUUGCCUGCCAGCCGAAAGUGCUCUCCGAUCAGUUGGAACCUCGCACCCUGGCCCACCAGCUGCUCUACAACGACUUCUUCACGUACGCCAGCAACGAGGCGUUGACGUUUGACGAAAUGAGCUUCGCCUUCUCGAAGUCGCGCCAAUGCUACUUUUACACCGAUGAAGCUGUUAACAAAUUCUUGACGACGAUCGGCUGCACGCAUUUCGUGCGCGGCAAUCGGCUGAGCCCGCAUGGCAUCGACAUGCAGUGUAGCGGCCGAUUGAUCUCCAUCCACUCCUCAUCACAAACUGGCAAUAUUAAAAACGAGGCCUCAUGCAUUAUCGUCAACGACAAUAAGGUACGCAUCUUCACCGUCGGGCGGAAUGCGCGGGAGCGGAAAGAGAAGACCGUCGGCCAA